AUGUGGAGCAGGAACGUCAGAUUGCUUGGACCAUGGGUCAGAACCUACUUGGUGCCCGUCACCACGAGGAAAACCAUCCCCGUGUACCCGCCUGUGGAGCGCAUAGCCUCUUCACAAAUAAUGAAACGGGUGGCCCAGUCAGAGAUAGAGUCGCUGGAUCCCGGCGCCGUCAGACGCCAGCUGAUCAGCAAAAAGAAUAAGGACCGGUUGAAAACCGGCGACGUGGUCCGGAUCGUGUACGACUCGUCCAAAUGCUCGUACGACCCUUUUGUCGGCUACAUCCUAUCCAUAGACCGCAAGCAGCUGGUGCAAGAUGCCUCGCUGCUGCUGAGGAACCAGAUUGCAAAGACCGCCGUCGAAAUCAGGGUGCCCCUGUUCUCCCCCCUGGUCGAGAGAAUCGACCUGCUAAGGCCCCAUGCCUCCAACAGACAAAGAAACAAGCAUUACUACAUCAGAGGCACCAAACUGGACGUAGGCGAUCUUGAGGCAAGUCUGAGAAGAAAGAAGUAG